AUGGAUAAUGUCAGCUUGAUCUCUGAAGAAGAUUUGCUGACCACUAUCUUCUGUGCAUGUGACGUAGAGCGUACAGGAAAAGUAGCAGUUUCCAAGAUAGUUGAUUACUUGAGACACACAACUAGUCGGGGAUUGGAAGACAAUGGGAUUGAAGAGUUGUUCAGCAUGCUUGACCCAGACAAGAAAGAUAUCUCCAUGGACCUGGGAACAUUUCAUGCCGUCAUGAAAGAGUGGAUUGAGGACUGUAAGGGAAAAUGGGAAGACAGUGUUACUGAGGGACCAACAGCAAGCAUGGAAGUACACAAAAACACCUCUGAAGCAAAAGAGAUGUUUGUCCAAAUGAACAUUACAUCGGGAAGCUUGGAGGCCUUUGGGGGUGAUGUGUCUAAAGGAGAUGUGGACAUUUCUGACCUGAUAACCUGUGUCGCGGACCUGCAGUACAAGAACCAGAAGCUUCAGGAAGAGAACAACAAGUUGAAGCUCACACUGGAAGCUGUGGAUGAGACUAACAAUAAGCUGUUGGCAGACAAUGAGGAUCUGCGUCAACAAACAAAAAGCAUCCAGCAUUCUGUACUGCAGGCCAAGUCUCUGGAAGAAGAACUAGAAGAAGUAAAAACUAACCUGAACCUGUCAGAAGAGAAGAGAGAGCAGGUUCUUUGCCAAAAUAAACAACUAGAAAAAGAAAAUCAGGCUCUCAUCAUCAAAAUUACUUCUCUUCAGGAAGAGAAUAUUAGGAAUAGCAUGGAGGCUGAUGGACUUCAAAAGAAGAUUUUGGAGCUGUCUAAAGAUGCAGCAGAGCUUGAGGUCCAAGCACAUAUCUAUGAGAGUACUGUGGUGAAUAAAGAGGCAAGUUUGGUCCAGAAGGAGCAGGCCAUCAAAGAACUGAAGUUAACAGUUGUGGAAUGUUCUUCAAUAAUAGAGACACUGAGGGCAGAAAAGAAAAAGCUGCUGGAGAACAUGCAACACAUGCAGCAAGAGCUGAUCUUAAAUGGCUUGAGUCUCCCAUUGCUGUGUAAACUUAACAGCAGUGUUCCUGAAGGGAUGAAUUCACUGCACUGUGAACUGGAACUUGCCCAGACUUCUGAGAUCACCAAGGCUGAGUCGAUGUCCCUGGAUGAAACGCUGGACCGUGAAGUGCUGUUUUUACUUCAGGGACCUGAAUAUGCAGGAGAAAACUUCAAGGCUAUCAUGCAAAAGCUGCUAGAGGAAGCCUCUGAAGCAGAGGAGCUUGUUGUGACUUCUUUAGAAUGGGUGAAAGACUUUGAUGUCAACACGCAACAGGCAUGGGAAAGAAAACUUGGGGCUCUCAAGCAAGAGCUAGGAGAAAAAAGACACCUUUGGAUCCAGAAACUUACUCUCUUGGAAAAAUACAAAGAAGGCCUAGAGAGGGAUUUCAUUCGAAUGGCAGGCAAUCUGAGGAGAGCUAAGACCGAGGAGUUCCACCUAAGGAAAGAGCUCUCUGCCAGGCAACAUGAGAUAAAAACUGUCAAGCAGUUACAAGCAGAAACUGCUGGCCAGGCAGAAGCCCUUGGUUUAGAGCUGCAAAAGGCUACAACACAGCUUGAGGAUGCCAGCAAACAGGUGGAGGAUCAAGCUGAAGCCUUUCGCUCUGCUUGUGAGGAAGGUGCAUCCUUGAAAUGCAAGUUAGAGGAAGCCACUUCUGAGCAGCAAAAACUCAGGGAUGUGAAUGCAGCUUUAACAAGCACUUGCCAGUUGCUGCAAGAAAAAGUGAACGACCUGAAAACAACUACCAAUGUUCUGAGAUGGGAACUGCUUCAAAGGCGACUCUGUGAAUUGCUGUGUCAGUGCUAUGCAGAGUUAAAAUCUGACUCCAGUCUGCUGCCCACAUCACAUGAGCUGGUAAAGGGGAAGCAGCUCUGUUGCUCUAAAUCACUGUGGAGUGGAGGACCCACCUUGUGCACUGAACUUCCCAGAACACUGGGCUUGGAUGUUUCCUACUGCCUUGGUACACCUCUGCUAGAUGCUCUGACCUUGGAGACCUCAUGCCCUGUGCACAGCUGGGACUGGCCUUGUAGACAUAGCUCUGGCAGCUGGACAUUUGAAAGCUCUUACCUGGGACAUGCAUCCACUUCAGAUGUGACAUCAGUGGGGUGCAAGUGGAAAAUAUGUUAUGCUGGUAACUGUACUGCUGCAGACCUUCCUGUUUCCAUUACAAUGAUGGACUCUUCACUUACUGAGAUUGACUGUGAAGAGACAAGGCUACCAGCUACCCUCAUCCCAUCCAGUGAUCACUUAACUUUACACCAAGAAGUUCUUACAUCAUCUUUGGAAAACACUGCAGCAGUAACAGGCACCCUUGCUACGGAGGAAAAAUCACUGAAGUGGUCACAUGAAAAAGCUGAUGAUCUGCUAGCUGCAGCAGCCAUGGAGAAGAACAGUGAUAAGGAUCCAGCUGCUCCUCUGUCAGGAGCAAAUCUGCCCAAGAAGGAGGGAUUCUGCCCUGUCAUGGAACCUGCAUUUCAAAACGCUUUAAAGCAAGACCUGGAAGUGGGCCAAGAAAAGAAAAACGCUGAAGAGCAGAGCAAAGAGGCAACAGCUCUGGUCCCCAGCAGGAAAGGGAGUCCACCCGUUGCAGGUGGCAUUAAAGGAGAUAAAACAAAGCCAAAUGACCUUGACUCCCCUAAUGAGAAAGAAGUGGAGGCAGAGUUUUUGAGGUUGUCUUUAGGUUUUAAAUGUGACUUGUUUACAUUGGACAAGAGAGUAAGGCUUGAAGAAAGGUCCCGAGACUUGGCAGAGGAAAAUCUGAAAAAGGAGAUCACAAAUGCUCUGAAGAUGUUAGAGGCUUUAGCUUCUUUGUGUGAAGAAGAUAACCAAGCACAGGAGAUAAUUAAGAAGCUGCAGAAGAGCUUGCAGUUCCUUAGCCAGUAUGCAGCCCGAGUCGCCAGCAGAGCAGAGAUGCUGGGAGCUAUUAACCAGGAAAGCCGAGUCAGCAAGGCUGUGGAAGUCAUGAUCCAGCACGUGGAGAACCUGAAGCGCAUGUAUGCGAAGGAGCACGCUGAGCUCGAGGAGCUGAAACAGGUCCUGCUCCAGAACGAGAGAUCCUUCACUGCUCAUGGAGAUAGAGAUGAAGCUACAAAUAAAAAGCUACCAAAUCCUUUUAACUUUAAGUCACCAGCAUCCCUACGAAGAGUUAGCAUUGCAGCAUUGCCCAGGAGUACUGCAAGUGCAGGCAUUGGGUUGCAGCUGGCCCAGCCCCGUGAGCCUGAUGGAGGGGAACACAGUGAUAAGUUCCACAGAAGAUCCAGCAGCUGGGGGCGACUAGGAGCAAAGCAAACUGAGAAGCGUCCCUCCCUCCAGCGCUUCAUGAGCACCUACUCCUGGGAAGAGUAUGAAGAGGAACAUCCUGAAACAAAAAAUGAGCAGUCAGAAUCACCUGCUGAGGUACAAGAACCAUCCAAGGAGGAAAGUGUCUCUGAAAAAAGAAGAGAGUCAUCUAAAUGGAACCUGGAAUCAGUGUGCAAGUUAAUGUCAGCCUGGGUGUCCCAUUUCAAGACUUCCUUUUCCAAUGCCAACAAAACUUUCUGGUUCUCUGUUUCCAUCCUCGUACUGCUUGCUGCUCUCACAAGCUUCCUCACUGGGCUGUCUCUUCAAAGACCAGCAGAUGCAGCACCUGUAGGAACUGGGGACUCCUGGACUCUACUACAGCAACUGUUGUGGCCGUAUGUAGGACUUCAACACUAUGGACCACCCCCCAUAUAA